CGCUUUCCCCCCGUCACGUUUCGGAGCGGAGCGUUUGUCUCGUGUACGCUGGUGUUGGUCGGCGUCGCAUGGCGUCGCUGCGAUCGCAUGGCCGCCCUCAGUGUUCGCGAGCCUCGCUCGGUGCGUGUUUCGUGGCGCGGUGAUCGUCGUUGUUGUUCGUUUCGUCUCGGCUCCGUUUUGUUUUUACACGUUACAUUGAUAGAGUGGUAAUUAAAUUCCGUCGGUAAUCCGUCCGGCGCGUUUACAGCGCAAUCGGUAUCGCGCAUCGUGUACUAUACACGCAGAGUAUCGCUCGUCUCGGAGCGAACAUUCAACGCCGAAGACGUCGCGUUUGUGCCCGUCGUGUGCGCGAACACCGAUGAGCGUGUGUGUCAAUUUUCGUGUGCGUGCAUUCACGUCGACGUCGGCGUCGUCGUCGUCGUCGUCUUCGUCGUCUUCGUAUUCUUCGUUUCUCGUGCUAAGUUCGGAGUUUGUGGCCACGGUGCAUCGUCACAGUUGUGCCUGUUCCGUCUCUCUUCAACGUAUCCCUUAAGCGCGUACCAGCGUACUAUGUGCUUCUGUGUUUAUAAUCGUUGCGUCCUUUCUCUCUCCGUCUCGCUCUCCUCUCACCUGCAGUUACACGGCACACACAGGUGUCCCGUGAAAAGGAGUGGCGACGCCUGCCGUGAAUCGUCAUCGCUGUGAUAUUAAACGUCGAGGACACCUCGACGGUAUCUUAUACGAAUCCUGCCGAAAAGCAGCCAUCCACACUGCCCCUGAGAAAUCAAGACGAUUCGCCGAGCGUCGACCGAGUACACUCUCGUGGCCGUCACGAGAAAAACGCGCGGAAGGGUCACGCUCAUUUCCGUCGUAAAUAAGGAUCGUUUUCGACCGACCAGUCGGAGUAACCUUGCCGGGCAAGAUAACCGAUCGUCCGUCGUGGAUCGCGUAGUGCCAUAAGCGUCGAAGGGAAGCCGUACCACGGAGGAGGCUGUGGUAUCCGGUCAAGGUUAUCCGCGCAACACCCUUUGGUCCAUGGAAAAUUUGCCAAAGCUAUAACGACAAUCCUGCCAUCUUGUACCUUUUGUACGUAGAAUACAAAACUACUAAUCAAAGGCCGGGCGUCUAAUACGCUCGGUAGGACGAUCAACGUCUGACGGUAGCCGCUGUCAGAAGCGCACAUAAGAGGCCAUCAAUUUCCUCGUGGCGAUCGUGAACGCACUAAACGCCGAGCCGUGGAGCUGCCUCGAAGUAACAAGCCACGCGAGCCGACCUCUCGACCGGCCACUCGUCAGAAUGUUCCAGCUGGCCAGCAACCGGUAGCUUCUUUACCGGGCCUGGUCGCGAUCCUCAGCCCUUGGAGGAGGAAAAAGCGCGGCCGUUUCAAGGAUCGCCCGUCGACGAUGUCGAUACGCGUCAGCGGUGUAUACCUGCUGCCGAAUCCGCCCUCGAACGAGGCGGCCAACGAGAAGAAUAGUAAUAUCGCGGUGGAGAACAGUAUCCACCAGCAACACCAUCAUCACGCCACGAAAACGGUGACGAUCGUCGCCGGACCGCAGAGAAGCAACAGUCUGGAUUAUCUGAACUUCGAGGAGAAACGACAGAUCAUCGCGUCCUCGUUGUCGUUGAGCGACUUCUUCGCGCAUGGCCCCGCAGCGGCUGCAGCAGCCGCCAAAGAAGUCGCUGCUAACACCGUCAUCGCGAAGAAACAAAAUGGGGCGGCUCUGCGAACGAAUAGUCUUGGCUCCGGGGCGAGAACACCACCCCUCGAAAGGAAAAGCAAGUUCUCAGCCCUCGGUAGACUCUUUAAGCCUUGGAAAUGGAAACGAAAAAAGAAAUCGGAUAAAUUCGAAGCUGCCUCCUUGUCGCUCGAGAGGAAAAUCUCUGUACGAGCGAGCAGAGACGAGCUGGUACAGAAAGGAAUACUGCUGCCCGUGAUAAGGUCUACAUCGUUUCCAGAAAAUGAUGCGACAAACGACUCGCCCGAUGGUCAGAAACCUCCUACGCCUCAACAAACUCAUCAACAACAACAACAACAGCAACCAGUUGUUGGCGGGGUUGGUAGUGGGCCUGGCGGUACCCCUGCAUCAACACCCACGUCUGUUGGUACUAUUCAGCAAUCCCAACAAUCCCAGCAAGUACCAUCGGCCACGCCGACCCCUACGACUGCCAAUCCGCAUUCUACAGGACCACCCAGCAAUCAACCCUCGCCUCAUCCCUCGCCCCUUUACCCAGGGAUGCCGCAGGUUGGCCAACCCAACGGCAGCACGCAAGAGCCGAAGAAGGAAAAGACUGAACAGAGUGCAAAUGGCGCGGUAUCGCCGAGCGGUGAUCCGCAAGCGAAUCAGGGCACGGCUACGACCGGUAGCGUGCCGGUCUCGGCCGCAGCCCCGAAUUCGGGGGACCAGCAAAAGCCGAGUAGGCCGAAUACCCUGGAAGCCAGGGUGGUAGCCAGGAGACUGAUCUUGUUCGACAUGGAGAAGGGGGUUCUAGACCAAAGCAGCGAGAACCAGCAGGUGAUCGAGAGGUGUUACCCUCUUCCGCCUCAGAAUACGUUGAUGCUGUCGGAACUUCCGGAACCGCCGAUCCCUCUAAGCGAGAUCGGACCGAUUCCACCCCCGCCGAUGUUCAGUUCUACCAGUCCUACCCUCUUGUUAGCCAAGCAACGACAAAUACGAAAUCCUUUGUCGUCAGAUUACGAGGACGAAGAAGACGAGGAAGACUUCGACGUCGAGGAGGAGGACAACAUGUACGUAGCAAGGAUGUCGCAGCCGGAUCCGAGUAUCGACACGUCGAGGGUGGAGGAGAUUCCGGCGAAGGAGCCAAAGUUCCACGCGGUGCCGUUGAAGAGCGUGCUGAAGAAAAGAAGUUCCGGAAGUGGGCCUGGGACACCGCAGAACACGCCGACGCAGGAGAACAGGCCGUUGACCCUUCGUCAGGAGCUUCAUGCCUCCUUCAAAAGGCCACCGUUGAGGCCUAGGAUGAGAAUAUGCAGUCGACCAGUCAGAUUUGGCCUCGCCCUACCGUGCACCCUCGAGAACAAGGAAAACGCGAGGCCGUAUGUGAUAAGGGAAGAUGCUGACGGAGAUUCGGCCGAUGGACAGGUACUCUACAGGGACGAGUACGACGAUGAAAAAAGUCGGUUGGCGGCAAAGAUAGCGCGCAAGGAGUCGUUGUCGUUGAAGCUCGCCCUUAGGCCAGACAGGCAGGAGCUCAUCAACAGGAACAUCCUUCAGCUGCAGACGGACAAUGAGAGGCAGGAAACGAAGGAGGCGAUUGGUGCCAAGCUCAUCAGGCGGCUGAGCAUGCGGCCGACCCAGGAGGAGCUUGAAGAGCGAAACAUUCUGAAAAAACAAAGUCCAGCCGAGGAGAAGAAACAGAAAGAAGAAAAGAAACGAUAUCUGUUGCGAAAGCUAAGCUUUCGACCGACUGUCGAAGAGUUGAAAGAGAAGAAGAUCAUUAGGUUCAACGAUUACAUCGAAGUCACGCAGGCUCACGACUACGAUAGACGAGCCGAUAAGCCUUGGACGCGGUUGACCCCUAAGGAUAAGGCAGCCAUUAGGAAAGAAUUGAACGAGUUUAAGAGUUCGGAGAUGGCCGUUCAUGAGGACAGCCGACACCUCACCAGGUUCCAUAGGCCAUGACAAUUGCAAUGUGUUGAGGUGCUACAGUGUGGUGCGGGUAUAGGUGAAGGUGCAGUGUGGUGGCCUCGUGUCGAGGCUGGAUAAAGUAUCUCGGAUAAUCGUGGCUUCCGAGGAUAUUUUCACGAUUGGAGUCGUCGUCUCGACGACGUUGACGGUGGUUUCUUUUUAUGACGUUGCUGCGUCGUGUUGUCAUUCGUCGUCCUGAUCAUCAUCAUCACGUAUCCAUCAUCUUCGGUCACCGGCAUUCCGCGUUGACGACGAACGUCCUCACGACGUCGACGAAGAUUGUGAUAGGGUGGCCUGCGACCUAAAAGAGAUAAGGGAUCGCAUCGGCUCGCUCGAUGAUUUUCUCCGCGAUUAAGGCUCGUUCACACUUGAGCUCGACCGAAAAAUCAUCUCCUCUCCUGUCGACGUCUUUAGAGAAAAGUAUUUGCAAAUGAUAAACGGAGGACAGUUUGUUGAUUUCAGAGAAUCAUGAGAAACUGUACGAUGAAGUACGGAGCCUAAGAUCUAGGUCAUUGUAAAAUAAGAUGUCUUUUUGUACGAACGUUGGCGAAGUUCGUUCUGGCACGAUGCAAGAUGAAGAAGCUGCGGCGUCUCUUGUUCCUCGGAGGUGACGUCUUUUAUGAAAGUUUCCUAACUUCUGGACUAUCCGAGACGCUGACGAACAGGUACACUCUGUAUUACUUAAAUAAUAAUUAGAGGAGGAGGCGAUAAACGAGCAUAGAAUUUCGUGAAUGAAAUUUCUUGAUUAGUAUCACGUUACGCGAGCUCACGUGUGAACGGUUCUUUCUAGAUAUAAAAAAAAACACCGUGUUUCUCUUUGCCAUCAAGCUAGCUCGUCAGUGUCACCUGGCAUCACUCGCGUAUACGUGAAACGAAUUCCUAAAAGAAUUUUCAUUUAUUCGUGUGAUAUAUCCUUGUGAAAUACUCAGCUCGAAUCACGGAUACGGGAGGAUACAUUACGUGAAAUGAGUCGAGAAGAACAAAAGGGGGUAGGAAGGUAAAUGCCGUCGAAACUGAUUUAGCUUUGGAUUUAGUUUCUUUUUUUUUUUUGAAGAUGCGUUAGUUGAAGAUAUUUUUAUAUGUUGUACAUUAACGAGAAACGUUUCUUUCGCGAAAUGUACAACCCGUUUUCUUUCACGAUAACGAAGGAACAAAAAGUGAUACGAAUAAUUCAAACUUCGCGACACAUAUGGCGUCUACGAUGUUAUUUAUCGAACAAUUUCAUGAGUCGUGAUUUUAAUCGAUUUUCCAAUUAACCCUCGAAUAAAGUCUUUGCCAUUUUCGAAAUUUUAUACCCUUUCUUUAGCUAUUAUUUAUAUAGUCUCGUUUGCAAAAUUAAGUGCCUAAUUUUAAUCAUUGUACUGUUUAAUGGGUCUGACGAACCCUGCCAUCAUCAUUCGAGGGUUAAUGAUCAUAAUCAGUCCAAGCCACCGUGACUGAACAAUGAGUUCAAAUGGAUCAUUUUAUUUUUAGCCGAAACGUUGAGACAUUGAAAUAUUCGUGGUCAAAUUAAUUCUUCAUGGUUUUCUACUUUUUGAGUCGUCUAAAUUUAGCAUUUUAUCAAAUUGAUUUCGUAUCAUAUUUCCGACACUUCUCGUGUACGUAAUUAGCCAUACCAUAAAAUUGGCUAUUCUUUAAAUAAUUCCAUUUUGAAUCUUGAGGUUUGAUCAGUUUCAUGUGACUUCGAUUUCCGGUGAAUAGACACAAGACUUUUGCCGUCCAUAAAGUUGCCAAAUUAGGAUGGUCUUUAAUUUUCCCGAUUCAUUGGGUCAUUCUUUCUCCUCGAUAUGCUUUCAAUAGUUUCAGACACUUGGUGAAUUUCUUCUCAGGCAUUUAGAGUUUCGCUUAAGUGAGAACGUUGAAAUUUUAUUAAUCAUUUUAAUUUGUCACGAUAAUAUUGUACAGUAGUAUUCGAAUUCGUGCGUUCUCACUCUUCGCCUCUGUUACUGCUACCAUUUUUCUCGCACACAGUUUCCUGGUUCGCAUUUUUUAUAAUCGUGACAGACAUUCGUAAUUUCAUGCAUGCAUAAAGACAAAGGUCGUCGACCUGUUGUAUUUGUGAAAAAUUUGAUAGUUGUCGGUCUAUGGUAAUCAUUUGACACAACUUUACCAUUGAUCACUAUUCAAGAUAAUCGAUGCUCCUCGAUUUUCAGCUGAUCAUCAUACCUUGUACAGUUGUACACAUGCUUGAAAUUUAAAGACCCCACAGUUGUGUGGUUUAUUUAUUAACAGGUUGGUUAUUACGAGGGUCAUAAGUGAUCUAUAUCACCAAGUCAAUUUAACUGUGUAAUUAAUAAAUUAUAAUGGAAGAAGGAACAUUCUUAAUAUCGCUUAAAAUAAUAUUUAUAAUUUAAAAUAAAAAUUUGAAACUGUGAUUUAACAAUGGGAAAAAUAGAAAGGGUUAUUAUUAACGCUACAUUAAAUUUUCUUUAAUUAUUCGAUUAUAUGAAAUUGGUGGUUCCGAUCACCAUUGACCCCUCCAUAAUAAUUAACGCGUUAAACUGUUCAAUAAUGCAUAGAGCAGAGGCAUCGUUCAAUUCGCACGACUAUUUAUGACAAUCUUGUUCGAAUCGACAAGAAAAAAAGAAAAGAAUAAAUAAAUAAAAGAAGAAACUAUUUUUCCUUUACUGCCAGGUAUCACUAUUUCUCUAUUGCGGAGCUGCCUUGAGGAGCAAACGCUUAACUGACUAUCAUAUAAAAAAUGAAAGGAAGAUGAACGAAGGGAGACGGAAGUAAAAUAAAUGUGUACUCUGCGACGAAUGAAAAAAAAAAAAAGAUAAAAGGAAAAAGAACGAUGCAUUGUGCAAUUACACACACACACUUUGUACAGGAAUAAUAUACAUAGCGCGUACUUUAGUGACUAUUAUUAUUAUUAUUAUUGUUAUUGUCAUCGCUAGGCGACGCUGUGAUCCUCGUUUCAAUUUUCGAUCACGCGUUUCGAUCGUGGAGACAAAGAAAAUGAUCGUCUACCGCUAUCGUUCGUGCUAAACUGAUCAAAAAUUAGAUCAAAGAUUCGUCGUCGAAUUGCACUCGAUUGGAUAAAUCGUGGCUCUUUAAUAAAUAAAAAAAAAAAUAAAAAAAAAUUACGCUGUUUUAGCGUGCUUCGAUGUAUCUUGCACGCUUUUGAAAACCUCUUCGAAGCUUCCUGUUUCUACAAUGCAUGAUCGUCAGUCGCUAAAGCUCGCGUAAACUCGUGAAAGUAAAUCGAGAAUACUUAUGCGAGAAAUGUAUGAUUCUCUGAGAAACAUGACGGUACUAGGGAAGCAGGGACUCUGAAUAUCCUAAUUUCGACGAUAUUAAUAUUAAAAGUGAUUUAGAAAGGAAAUAAUAUAAUUUUCAAUUAUUAUCGGACGACGAGAAAUUACGCGAGUUCUUUCCUUGCGAGCGUGUAAGUCGCGACGACGGGUCGAUUUUCCUUCUAAAUAGUAAUCUAGUUUUAACGAUCGUCCAAUGGGGUGAGAGGAUCGUAUGGUCGAUCUUUCUCGUAAACCCGUCGGUGAACUCAGCUGUUCGAUAUUACAAACAAAAAGAAACACAGAAAAAUGAAAAAAAGAAAUUUUCGUCAACCUCGUGAUCGUCGAAGGUGUCAGACAUGAAGACGAUGGUGAAAAGACGAAGACCUUCUAGUGAACCACGGAGACGCACGUGAUUAACACGUUGACUGCCUCGGUGAAAAUAUGAUUAAUUAUUCUAUUUUCAACCGUUAAUUUUAUCAAAGCCUUUAGAAAUAUAAUACAAAGCCCAUGCCAGGGUCAACGUUGUUUCCCUGUCAUUUUAUUCCGCGUUUUAAUUGUUUCGAUUUAUUAAAUAAUUAAUGAUGGUAAUCCUUGAUCCUCCGUGCCAGUCAACGUGAUUAAGGAACAAUGUAAAGUAGGGAGAUGAAGCGUCUCUCUCGUUCCAUUGGUCGAGCGCUGUGGCUACCGUGUAGUCGAACAAAUAUAUCCAUUAAUUUCCGGUUUGUCUGAUGUAUGGUACCAUGAGUAUCAGUGUGUGUGAGUGUGUUUGAUUAAAUCGUGAGAGAUCGAAGGGGGGCGAGAAGCUCAGCGAUCGAAAGGACGAGGGUGAAAAUGAGAAAAAGUUGAAGAGAAUCUGAAUUCUUGUCAUCUUUUUCCCGUUCUUCUUUUUUUUUUAUUCUCCUUUUUUCACUCUCGAGGACGGAUACGUAGAGGCAAAAAAAAAUAAACGACUGUACACGAUGAUUGUAAAUAUAGAGGAUAGGGGUUGGAUAAAAGAGAAAAACAGACAAUUUGUUAGGCGUAAUUGUAAAACACCGCAAUAGUGAUCCACGCUAAACACGCUAAAACGAUAAUUAACGCAUGGCAGAACGAAAGGAAAAAAAAACAAUUAUAAAUGAUUUUAGGUAAAAAAACCGACGCUCUGAGCAGGAGCGACACACCGUAUACAUAUAUAAAUAAUAUACAUAGAGGCGUACAAACAUUAUGUGCGUUUUUCCAGCACAUAUAGUUGGUAUUUUGUGUACAAACGAAAAAAAAAUUGAUGGGAAAAGAAAAGGAGAUUGCGUGAACGCGAGACAAGAUUGAAAGAAAAUUGUAGGAUAAUUUUCGCCGCGCCCUAUCCAGAAUUAUUCUUAUUAUUACUAUGAAUUAUUAUUGUUACUAUUAUUUUGAUUUUUAUUAGAGGGGCGCGAUGAAAUGAAUUUGUCCAUGAACGAGGAUGUUCCUCGAUCACGUUCGAGCAAAUCGAAGAUGCAAAUUCUUCUCGUAGAAAAAUCAAUAUUCUCUUUCUAUCAUCGGAUUCCAAAUUAUAUUCGUACGUCUUGCAAUUUCGAUUUGCUCUCUGUCCACGUGGUAUUGUCGCGUGGGCUACGAUUGAACCUCGUUCCGCGAAAUCGCGUAUGAAUCGUUGCACGUAACUGCGGCGAAAAUGUUAAUUGCCAUUGUUAAUUAACGCUUCGAAACCUCGUCAGACGUAUUCCAUUUAGCACGAAUGACUCGUGUGGGGUUUCAAGCAUUCGGAAGAAGAAAAUUUUAUCUCUGCCAAAUUUUUCAAGUAGAACAUUCAUAUUUCGAGGAUUUUUAGAUCGAAAUUAAUCGUAGAUUACGGGGUAAGGUUCGGAUUGAGAGAGGGUCCGAUUUUUCUGCAAAAUCGUCCUGAUUAUAAUUACGACGCGAUUAACCCUAUGGUGAUUUCAAUGCGUGGUAAAACACACCAUCGGUAGAAUCGUGGUGUUGAUAUUUUGCAUCGCACAGACUUGCAGAUUUGUUUAAAUUUUAACAAUUUGAAGGCCAAAGUGAACAAUUCUAUAGAUAAACAUUGGAGUGCGUAAAAUUUUAAUUAAUUAUUCAUUAACUCUACCUUAAUACCUCGUCUACGAGUCUGUGGGUGUUUUGCAAAAAUUAUACACAAAAUUUUAAGAAAGAAAAAAUAUAUCCAUGCGUGAUUCACAGAACGGGGAAAAUCGAGCGCACAUGUUGUAUCCGCGUUAUAAUCGGUGAAAGAGAACGCAAUGAAAAACCAUAAUAAUAAUAAAGAAAGGGAAAGGAAAAGAAAACCACACAGUCAGGCUGUAAAAAUAUGAGAAAAUAUUGUCGCGAUCGACCCACGGUCGAUUCUACUUGUAUCAUAAUCUCUUACGAUAGCGCUACUAUUAAAACAAUAACGAAACAGUAACAACAAAGUAAGGUAACUCGUAAUUUAAGGGAGAGUGAAGAGAGAAGCGUGAGAGGGAUGAGUGUGAAUUAAAUCGUAUGCAAAGAGUAUGUGCGAUAAUAGUGAUUUCGAUGUGUCACUGAAAGAGAAUAGAGAGUGAGCAAACUCGUUGCUAACGGAAACGGGCUUCGUUGUAUCCGCUCGUUGGUCUCGCGAUUCUCUGAAAUCUCUGCUCAAACUUCUUCUAUCUUUCUUGUCGAUCGAACGUUUGCUUCUAAUCACGAAAUAGUCGAGAAGACGCGCGAGGCCAAUCUCCGGCGACCAGCCCGAAGGAUUUUUACCAAAACGACUCCGCGAGUCGCGGAGUGGAAGCAGUUAAUAAACAUUAGACGUAAUUAUUGGAUUUCGUUCUGUUUUGUAAACGAAAUCGACGACAGUGUAUAGCCGUACGAUGGAGGGAAACAAAACGCACGCGUUUGAGGCCGAAUUUUCUAUGUCCGUCGAUCGAAUGCGUUUGCGUCCACCGGACGAUCUUGUUCGAUUUUUUCCACUCUCUUGCAGUUAUAUUCUUUUAAAACGCAUGAAUUCGGUAGAAAAAAUUGAACAAGAUCGUCCGUCGAACGCAGACGCAUGCGAUCGAUGCACAUAGGAAUUUCGUCCUUUAUUAGGCGAUUCGCGAGGAAAGCUGAAACGACGAGCUUUGUAAACGCGAACGCGUUUCGCGAACGAUCACUGUCUCGUAUCGAGGCCGCCUGCAAAACGCGUGGACCCUGUUUUAUUUCUUGUUGACGAUAAUUAUAUAUUUAUAAUCGUUUAUGGAGCGAGUUACGCGGAAAAGGAGAAUUUUUAAUGGAAUCUUAUAUCGCGAUGAUAUUUUGUAUUUUAAUCGAGGAUACCUUUGGAGAAUCGUGUAGUACUCUCCGAUGAUACCUUCAGAAUGUUUUGUUUCUUUUUAAAAUAAAUUUUGGAUUUCUUCAUUUUAAUGUUAACUAUUAAAAUUAUUUGAUAUUUGACAAACAUCCUAAGGUAUUAUUGGAAAUGUCUAUGUAGAGUGUUCCAUGUGUUGUUAUAAAAUUUCAAAACUUUUCGUGAACUAUGUUUAAGUCUAUAAAUUUUGUAUAUCAGAAUCUUUUCUUCUUCAGAAAUAUGGAUGUUGUUCUUUGUUCUUUAAAUGAACCUUAAGUAUCAACCAGACUUUAGAGAUUUAAGCAUAGUUGAAAAUUUAUCAGAACUUUUUGUAAAGAUAAUGAAGAGUAUUAAAGUUUGAUGGCGACAUUAUGGAAGAACGAUGUGAUCCUUCGAAAUUCAAAGAAAGUUUAUUUACAGUUGUAUAAUUUUUAAGAAGUAUUCAUUAUAAAAAUGUCUCUUUUAUAUCGGUGAAAAGUGGUCACCAUUUUAACGCUGUAUUUUAAUUGUUUUUCUUUCUUAAGAUUUAAACAAAAUCGAGCAGUGAUCGUUUGCGAACGCGUUGUUCGGGACGUAAAAUUUAAAGGAAUGCGUUGUAUUAUAUUAUCGAGAAACCCUCUAGGUGUAAGAAUAAUAAUGUAUAUAUAAUUAUUAUUACCAUAAACUUCGAUCGAUUGCACCGCGGGGAACGAAAUCUGUCUUCCCCCUAUGAAACGAAAAUGAAAAGGUGAGAAAAUUGUAAUGCACGAACACGUGAGAACGAAGACAAAGCAACAAAUUCUCAAGGUAUAUAUAAAUAUAUAUAUUAUAUAUUCGUGGAUAAAAACGAACAAAGUAAAAAAAAAGAGACGAUGAGAAGCCAAAAAGAGGAAAAUGGAAAAACUGUUCUCGCAAUUGAUUUCGAAAAUGUAACAGGAAAACAUUUAAAAAAAAAGACGCUGCGUUAUUCGAUCCAGAUCCGUUCUGUUCUUUUGUUGUUAGUUUGUACGCACUACGAUUUAUCGCAAUUUAUUGUAUUAUCGAUGAAAUACUGUAACAAAAAUACUGUUAACUAUUCUUAAAAAAAUUAAAACUUUUGUAAACUGAGA